AUGUCGACCGACGAAUAUGACGAGCGGUUCGAGAAGGAUGGCGCUAAACAGACUGUUUAUCAACGUCAGCCAGCUACAAAUGGGUUUUCCGACCGAUUUGUGAGGUUCAGUGAAAAGCUCGAUGCUCUGGGUGUAGAGUUAAGAGGUAUUCAUCGAGUUGAACCCGACGAAAGAAGGUCUGGUAAUUUGAGAGAAGUCAUUAAUAUGUAUCUGCUCUGGAUGAGCGGUUGUGGUGGUUUAUCUUCAGUAUCGGGAUAUUUAUUAGGACCAUUACUAUUUCAGCUUAGUUUCAAAGAUUGUAUUAGUUCAGGAGUCGCAGGUACUGUUGUAGGAUGUGCCAUUGCAGCCUAUGGAGCUACUAUGGGUCCGAGAUCUGGACUUCGUCAGAUGGUGGGUGUUAGAUACCAGUUUGGUUGGUGGCCUGCUAAAUUCAUUGCUCUGUUGAAUAUAGUUACUCUAUUAGGAUGGUCGGUUGUCAACUGUGUGUUUGGUGGCCAGAUUCUUUCUGCUGUUUCUAACAAUGCUGUACCUAUUGAAGUGGGUAUUACUAUUAUCACAGUAAUUGCAUUUUCAGUAGCAAUUGUUGGUAUCAGAUAUAUCCAGUAUGCUGAAGGGUUUGCAGCCAUUCCUAUUAUUUUCACAUUUUUGUUGUUGUAUAUUGUUUCUGGAAAGCAUUUUGAUCUGACUACUCCAUCUGCCGGUGAUUCUCAGACUAUUAUUGGCAACUGGUUGAGUAAUUUCUCUUCUGUGGUGGGUAUCACUGGUACUUGGAUUGCCAUUACCUCGGACUACUAUGUCGAGUUCCCCGAAUCGACCCCUAGAAUGAAGACUUUCCUCAUCACUUUUAGCGCCAUCUUUUUGCCUACUAUGUUUGUCGGCAUUCUUGCUAUUGGUGUAGCUUCUGGAGCAUAUCAGCUGCCUGCUUGGCAAGCUGCUUGGGACAAUCUCGGUGCUGGUGGUCUGCUGACUGAAGCAUUCUCACCAUGGCAUGCUGGUGGAAAGUUCCUCGUUGUGGUGUUAUACAUUUCUUUGGUAACAAAUAACAUUCUCAACAGUUACUCGCUGGCCUUGUCAAUGCAAGUAUGGGGAAGAAUGGUCACUAAAAUUCCUCGAUACAUUCUCGUUGUCGUCAGUGCCAUGAUUUUCUUUGUACUGGCCAUGGCUGGUAGAAACAAGCUGUCGAAUAUUUUGUCGACAUUCUUGCCAAUGAUUUCGUACUGGUGUGUUAUCUAUGUUGCCAUCCUUCUGGAGGAGAAUUUCUUGUUCCGUCGUCACAAUAUUCCCGGAUUAAACGACGCAUACGACUGGACUAUCUGGAACGAGAAAGAAAAACUCCCUGACUGUAUAGCUGCCUGUUUGUCGUUUGUGAUUGGUGUAGUCGGGGCUGUUUUGGGCAUGAACCAGGGUUACUAUGUCGGAGUAUUUGCUCGCAAAGUCGGCGAUAUGGGUGCUGACAUCGGACUCUUCAUUGCAUUUGGAUUCACCAUGGUAUCGUACCCUGUUCUGCGGUACAUUGAGCUGCGGUACGCUCCCAAGGUGCGUUUUCUGAAAGCGAGAACUUCCUGGUAG